UCAAAAAUGUCAGAAUUGUCAGGUCAGUUAGAUAUAUCCAUGAUAUAUCAAUAUAUUUAGUUGUAGAAGGCAAAUAACAAUCCAACAAAACGGCGCAAAAUUCUCAAUAAUAAUAGAUUAAUUUGUGUAUGCUUAUCUCACCAUUUAAAAAACUAGAAGAAACUAUGGAAUCAUUACCGGUCACUUUAAUAGUGAAGGCCCCAAACCAACAAAUCGAAGACCAAAAAAUUACUUGUGAAACGUCAUGGACUAUUAAUAAAUUGAAACAACAUUUAUCGGAAGUUUACCCAAGUAAACCUCCACACCAUGAACAAAAACUUAUCUAUUCCGGACAGUUACUCAAUGAUUCUUUAGUACUAAAAGACAUUCUUAGGCAGUACGAAGGUCAAGACACCCAUACAGUUCAUUUAGUCUGUACCCCAAAACACAUCAAAAUGAAUACCAAACCUAAACCUUCUACUCCGGUGGCAGAAACUAAUAGUGGAGGUAGCAGACAGGCAAAUUCUAAUACUAGUUCGACAGGCUCUGGUAAUGUUUCAGCUGAAACUAGUACACAGACAUCUCAAAGAUCACAGAGUACAAAUGCUAGUGAGAGCAGAGUUCCUCCAACGUUUCCAAAUAGUGGGUUUCAGUGGACAAUGCCUAAUGGUCAGUUUCAGCCUGCUGAUUAUAGUAAUUUGAACCAGUAUCAGAUGCAAAUGGCCUGGAUGCAGCAAGCAUAUAUGCAGUAUAUGUCACAGUACAUGCAACUAGCGGCUGGCCAAACACCAAUAACAACUCAACCAACAAUACCCACACCCAGCAACACACCCCCUACAACAACAGCGCCUCAAAACAACAACCAGCCUCAAGAUGCUGGGGCUAGAGGGGCCGCCCAAGGUGCCCCACCAAACCCGAUACCCGCGGCCAACCCCAAUCCAGUCGAAAACAACGAAGAACGCGAUUGGCUGGACAUUUUCUACACGCUCAGCAGAGCCCUGGUGCUCUUCAGUGUGGUAUACUUCUAUUCCAGCCCUGUUAGGUUUGUCUUCGUGCUAUUCCUUGUCAUAGCACUGUAUUUGUAUCAGACUGGUUUCUUCCGUAAUAUACACCUAAAUAAUAACAAUAUAAAUGUUACGCCAGAUGGCGUGGGAGUCGAGGAGGAACAGGCCCCAACUAGGCUUACGGUCGCUUGGACCUUUAUUACUACAUUUUUUGCAAGUCUGAUACCCGAGGUUCCUAAUAUUAAUGCGUGAGAACAGCUGGAGGUGUAAAGGUUACUAAAUUUUGGAGGUGUAUUUUGAUAUGGUGUUAAUCUGUUCAUUAUUAUAAGAUUCAAAUUGCUUUUUUAAUUGAAUAACGUGAAAACUUUUAACAUUUAAAGCUUAUGUUAAGUUAUAAAUUGUAUCAACAUAGAUUUGAUUUGUUUUUAAAAAAUACCAGAUAUUAAAUUUUAAAAUAAAUGGAUAUGUUUAAACUAAUUUUGUAAAAAUCUGUACUCAACGAGUCGGGAAAGAUUUCAACAGACAACAUACAAAAAAUAAUUUACCUGCCAAGUUAAAAUGAUAUUGAAUGUCUCUCUUGAGUAUCUUGAAGUUAGAGAGACAUAUAGGUUGUAUUUCGUUUCUAUUCUUGGUUAUGGGUUUCUGUUCAGAAUCUAUGAAUAGUCUGAAAUUUUUAUUAUUACAUAUUAUAUAUUCUACUGCAACAGAUAAAAGUGAUACAUGUAAUAAUAGCUAUAUGCGAGGAGACCAUUCCGAACGUAUUCUGAAGGCAGAAUUUGCAUUAUAGGGGGAAUAGGGUUUGUGAAUAUAAUAGGUAUUGUUUCCCUGUGUAUUAGAAAAUUAAAAAAAUUUUAAUUCCAUACAAAUUUAAGAAUCUUAAGAUAAUGGACAGAUUAACACUUUUGAAAACUAAUAAUAUUCAAUUUUGAAUCUAAAAAAUAUUAAAUAAUGCUCACUUUUUGAAUGAGUAUCAAUAAACAGAAGAAUUUUAUAUUAAAUGAUUAAUAAAGUGGUGUUUUUUCGUACCUUGUAUUAAAUACUUUUUAUAAGAUUUGUCAUCAAUUUUCCAAUAAUUAUUGUACCUACUCAAAAAUUCCUUUUAGGGGAAAAUUUUUAGGUAGUUCUUAUUUCUUCUAUGUAUUAUGUUUUAUGGGGUGCUGAAUUCGAAUCUGAGGUUUGCCAAAAAAAUUUCGUGACGUAACAUGGAAAAAUUGCUAAAAAGUAGAAAAAAUUCUUUUUUGCUAUUUUUUGUUUAUAACUCUAAACUACCAGCUUUUCGUAAUUAAUAUUUCUCUUCAAAAUUAAAGAACAUACAUAUAUAAUUUGCUAUCAUUUUCAUUGUUUAAUUUUUUUUCUCUGAAGAACUGUUCGAGCACUACAAACAGCCAGUGGAAAAUUAGCGUUUUUUUAUUGUCUCCGCAAAUACCUACUUUUUCUACUCCAAAACAUACUUAAAUUAUGCGUAAAUAUAAGUAGGUAGAGUUGCAGAUAAAAGCAUCCAGUGUCACUUGUUAGAAGAGAUAUUCUAAGGAAGAGAUAUGUAUCGUAUGAUA